UCUCUCUCCCCUCCUUCCAGGCGCUUGCAGCCAAUGCGGGCACAGGUUUUGCCGUAGCGGAGCCUCAGGUGGCCAUGUUCUGUGGGAAGCUCAACAUGCACGUAAACAUCCAGACAGGACGCUGGGAACCGGACCCUUCCGGGCUGAAGAGCUGUGUAGGAACCAAAGAGGGCGUGCUGCGCUACUGUCAGGAGAUGUACCCUGAGCUCCAGAUCACUAACGUGGUGGAGGCCAACCAGCCAAUCAGGAUUGAGAACUGGUGCAAGAAGGAGAAGAAGCUGUGUAAAGGCCACGCCCACAUCGUGGUGCCUUACAAAUGUUUAGUGGGGGAGUUUGUGAGUGACGUGCUGCUGGUUCCUGAGAAGUGCAGGUUCUUCCACAAGGAGAGGAUGGACAUGUGUGUCAGCCACCAACAGUGGCACGGGGUGGCCGAGGAGGUAAGAACCAUGUGUGUCAGGCACGGGGUGGCCGAGGAGGCCUGUUCCAAGGGGACCAUGGUCCUUCACAGCUAUGGCAUGUUACUGCCCUGUGGCAUUGAUAAGUUCCAUGGUACAGAGUAUGUAUGCUGCCCCUCCCCUGGGGAACCCUCCCUGCCCGCCAUGCCCUCCCAGGAGGAAGAAGAAGAAGAUGAAGAGGAGGACGAAGAGGUGGAGGAGACGGCACUGGAUCAGGAUGAUCUUGUAGAGAAGGAGAGCGAGGCCCCAGCUGAUGAGCAGCCCACCACUCAGAAAGAGGAGGAGCCAUUGGAUGAGGAAGAUGAAGAUGAGGAAGAGUACCACUAUGUGUAUGAAGAUGAGGAGGCCGACAGAGAGGAAGAGGAGGAGGAGGAGGAGGAGAAGAAAGAGAGGGAUAGUGUUCCAGAGAGCCAGGAUGAAGACAAGACCCUGACAGAGGUCAAAGCGGUGUGUACCCUGGAGGCUGAGACCGGCCCCUGCCGUGCCUCCAUGGCCCGCUGGCACUUCGAUAUGACAACCAGGAAGUGCGUCCGCUUCGUGUACGGGGGCUGCGCUGGAAACCGCAACAACUUUGACUCUGAGGAAUACUGCAUGGCCGUGUGCAAACGCCUUACAGCAGUGCCCCCCACCCCUCAGCCCACUGACGAUGUUAACGUGUACUUUGAGACGCCCGCUGAUGACAAGGAGCAUACACGCUUCCAGAAGGCCAAGGAGCAGCUGGAGAUCAGGCACCGUAACCGAAUGGAGAGGGUGAGAAAGGAGUGGGAGGAGGCAGAGCGUCAGGCUAAGGAGCUUCCUAAGGCUGAGAGACAGACUCUGAUCCAGCACUUCCAGGCCACGGUAGAGUCUCUGGAAGAGGAGGCAGCCAGUGAAAAGCAGCAGCUGGUUGAGACCCACCUGGCUCGGGUAGAGGCCAUGCUCAACGACCGCCGCCGCCUGGCGCUGGAGAACUACCUUGCAGCCCUGCAGGCUGACCCACCGAGGCCCCACCGUAUCCUGCAGGCUCUGAGGCGGUAUGUGCGCGCGGAGAACAAGGACCGUCAGCACACCAUCCGCCACUACCAACACGUACUGGCUGUCGACCCUGAGAAGGCUUCCCAGAUGAAGUCCCAGGUACACACCCUGACCCCUAACCCUGAACAGGUACACACCCUGACCCCUAACCCUGAACAGGUGAUGACCCACCUACGUGUGAUCGAGGAGAGGAUGAACCAGAGUCUGUCUCUGCUCUACAAGGUUCCCUACGUCGCCGAGGAGAUCCAGGAUGAGAUUGAUGAGUUGCUUCAGGAGCAGAGGGCAGACAUGGACCAGUUCCUGUCGUCUAUCUCAGAGUCUCAGCCGGACGUUACCGUGUCAUCAGAGGAGAGUGUGGAGCUUCCUGUCUCCGAAGGGAAACCCUACCGCCCCUUCCAGGUCACCUCCCUGGGGUCGCGACCUGAACCAGAGGGCGAUCUAUCAGACUCCCCACGUGCCUUCAAGAAAGGUUCAGGGAUGUACGGCCAGGACGGGCUGAUCGGAGCCGAGGAGAGGAUCAUCAACAGCAAGCCCAAGAUCAACAACAACAUGCAGGUGGUUGAUGAGACUCUGGAUGUAAAGGAAGUGAUAUACAGUGCUGAGAGAGUCAGCGUUAUGCAUGGUGAUGAGCUGGAAUCCUACCGUCCUCUGGGUGAGGACUUCAGCUUCGGGAGCUCUGCUCUGAUUGGUCUACUGGUGAUAGCGGUGGCCAUAGCAAUGGUGAUAGUGAUCAGCCUGGUUAUUCUGAGGAAGAGGCAGUACGGAACCAUCAGCCACGGCAUUGUGGAGGUUGACCCCAUGCUGACCCCAGAGGAGCGCCACCUCAGCAAGAUGCAGAACCACGGCUACGAGAACCCCACCUACAAAUACCUGGAACAGAUGCAGAUCUAGGAUUGGCUGUGGCACCGAGCAGAGAGGAGGGGCCAACAUACUACUGACCAAUAACAAAAAAAAUACUCUCCUCGGAAAUAAUUUGCGUAAAUUACAUCAGAUCACAAUACAUAUACUGAUUUGUUUUCAAACCGAUCCUUGAAGAAUAAUGCUAAAACUACUGCUACUAUUGUAUUUUCCAGCUCCCUUUGAAUCUUGGGGUUUCUUUCAAAAGGGUGAUGUACGUAAUCUCUCUCGUUUUCUAUAACAUGUGAUUUAAUAAUGAAUUAUUACUCUCUGAAGAUUUAAGAUGUGUUGUUUAUUUGUUUGUUUAUUUGUUGUUUUUAAAAAAAAAAAACGUGCAACAAGGUAAGAAACCAAAAGCAACGCCAUUGUUGACUAUAAAUGUAUCUCGUCAUCAGUCAACAAGGAGGACACUAACAUUUUGUUUUCUCAUCGUACCAGUGUCCCAAAACCUUCUGACGGUCUUCUCAUAAUAACAAAGCUGUUGUUGGCUUCUUUUCCAAUAGAUUGUAUAUGAAGGUUCUUUGUAUAGUGAAACUACAAAUGAGGAAAAAGAAUGAAAACAAAAUCAUGAAUUCAGUUACUUUCUAUUCUUCGUUGUGAUUACAAACAAAAUAUACAUAAACAGUUUAAAAUAUAUAUAUAUAUAUAUAUAUAUAUAUAUAUAAAAAGUAGCUGUUUUUAUUCCACCAAGGAAGAGAGGCUGAAACUGGGAUGGUGGCUGAGCUAGGUUGGGAUGUUGUGGUGCAGACAGACAGGAGCGCGUGCAGACAGACAGGAGCGCGUGCAGACAGACAGGAGCGUGUGCAGACAGACAGGAGCGCGUGCAGACAGACAGAAGCGCGUGCAGACAGACAGGAGCGCGUGCAGACAGACAGGAGCGUGUGCAGACAGACAGGAGCGCGUGCAGACAGACAGGAGCGCGUGCAGACAGACAGGAGCGCGUGCAGACAGACAGGAGCGCGUGCAGACAGACAGGAGCGCGUGCAGACAGACAGGAGCGCGUGCAGACAGACAGGAGCGCGUGCAGACAGGACAGUGUGCAGACAGACAGGAGAGCGUGCAGACAGACAGACAGACAGACAGACACAGGAGAGUAGACAGACACAGGAGAGUGUACAGACAGACAGGAGAGGAGACAGACAGACAGGAGAGUGCACAGACAGACAGGAGAGUAGACAGACAGACAGGAGAGUAGACAGACAGACAGGAGAGUAGACAGACAGACAGGAG